AACAGUAUCAUAUUUUCAAGUACUUUAUGUACUACAAUAUAUUUAUAUGGGCUAUGUUUAGGUAAUCAACAUAGACAGAGAAUUUUUACUACUCCUUUCAUCACAAUUCGUGUUAUCUGUGAAAUGGGAAUGGACUUGUCGUGAAAAAAGUGGUGAUUGGUGUUUGUGAAUAUAAUUUAAUAUAUUUUUAAAUAGUGAAUUGAAAUGUAAUCGUAUAUUUUCAAUGAAUUAGAAGUUGAACUGGCCUUUUCUUAUUUAUAAAUAUUCUGUUAAUAUAAGAAUGAAUUCAGAGACCUUAAAAAAUAUAAUAUAUAUUUCGUUAGAGUGAUGACAUUAAAGAAAAUCGUGAAAAUGUCAACAAAAUCCCAAAUAACUACAGAAUUAAGCGAGAGCAUCGGAAAUGUAUUGGGAAAAAAUGUUAAAAUACUUUAUAAAUCCCUUAUUCGCAUGGAAUCAAGAGGGGAUAAAGUGGAUAAUCGCGUUUUGGUUGUGACUGCUUAUAGAGUAUUUAUAACAACAACUAAAGUGCCAACAAGGAUUGACAAUGGAUUUCACUUAAUGGAGAUUGAAGCUCUCGAGAGCAAGAAAAAUAAUCAUUUGUCAAUAACACUCAUUCAUGAACAUAAGCCCGUCUCGAUCCUCAUUGGCGAAGAAGGUUCGUCGGAAGGAGUUAUUAAUGCUAUCCACGCUUUGAUCGCAGCAUUUGAUGACUUAUUUCCUAAUGUUGCGAUGGAGGACAUCGUUGCCAAGGUGAAUUUACCAUUUCCCCUACAUCCUAUUUGUGGUACAAGAAAACAUUCAACAUGCGGUGAUUUCUCUAACCAAUACGCGGCCAUGUGCGACCUCUGUCAGACGCCGUUCAGAGCCGAGGUCGCUUGGGACAUUGACACAAUUUAUCUAGCGCACGACAUAAGAAUGCUACAUCUCAAAGAUUUCGAUCAUUUGGAUCAAAGAGAUCUGAUCCCCUUGGUGAUGGCGCUUCAACACAACACUUGGUUCGAGGGUGUGUGCGGGGACGGGGUGCGUGUGGGAGGGGAGGCGUGGGAGGCCGUGGGUCGCCUGGUCCGCUCGGCCUGUCCCCCUCCGAGGCGGCUCUCCUGGAGGGGCGCAGCCCUGAGACACGAUCACGCGGCGCGGCUAGGACACGCGCUCGCUCGAGCGCCGCGGCCACCAGCGCUACAUACCAUCGAUCUAUCCCAGAAUCAUAUCGAGGAUAAGGGCGCCAUCAGUAUCCUGACGGGUCUGUCGAACAACCCCAGCGGUCUUCGUUCCAUCUCCCUGUCUCAGUGCGGCGUGACGGGGAAGACGGUGUGCCAACUGGCUGUGAUGCUGAACGACGCGCCCGCACACCUCAACACGUUAGCACACUUGGACCUCUCACAUAACAACCUCAAGGAUGACGUUCAUAAUUUGUACAACUUCCUUGCACAACCCAACGUAUUGACACAUUUAAAUUUAACAAACACCGAGACGACAUUAGAAAAUAUAUGGGGUGCUCUACUCCGCGGCUGCGCUGCCCGUCUGUCGACUCUCCUCCUGGCUCGUAACCCGUGGUCUCAGAGCCGCCGGGCGAAGGACCCGCCUCCGUCCUUCAGACAGUUCUUCACAGCCUGCCUGGCGCUCACCGAUCUAGACUUCUCAUACUGUAAGAUGCCGCCGGACGCUCUCAAGAGUCUCCUGCUGGGGCUGGCGUGCAACGAGAGCGCGGCGGGUGUGAAGCUGUCGCUGGCGGGGUCUCUGACGUCAUCGCAGGCGGCGCACGUGCUCGAGUCGUGCGUGCACGGAGUGCGGUGCCUCAACACGCUCGACCUGUCCGACAACAGUAUGGAAUGGGAAUUAUCUGGAAUUGUAAGGGCCGUGGGAAAGAAUCACUCAAUAACGCAUUUAUCUUUAAGCAAGUUGACAGGGAAACGUUCGUACGCUCCGCCUUUAAUACAGGCUUUGGUUCAUGUUUUACAAGAACCCGAUACGGCGUUGACGUCUUUAGAUCUCAGUGACUGUAAGCUUAAGAGCGAUUUGUACGGUUUAUUGAACGCGUUGGGCGGUGCGCGGAGGCUGCGCGUGUUGGACGUCGGAGGCAACCUGGCGGGCGACGCCGGGGCGCGGCUACUAGCUAAGGCUUUACAAUGCAACUGUACAUUACACACGCUAUACAUAGACAGGAACGCCUUUAGUUUGCAAGGCCUGACGGAUAUAUCGUCAGCGUUGCGACGCUCGGUGUCUGUGCGCCGCGUGGAGUUCCCCGGCUGUGACGCCGCGGCCGGCGGGCGGGGCGCCUCGGAGAGAGUCGCAGCUCUGUGGAGAGAACUACACGAACGGCUGUCCAGUAACAGUAGCAGUGGUCAGUGUGGUCGUGUGCGAGCCCUGGCGCUGGAGCGUGCUUGGGCGGGCGGGGAGGGGGCGGCGGCGCUCGCGGCCCAGGCGGCCGCCGCCCUUCCGCCGCCCCCGCUGCCUGCCGUCGUGGAGCGAGCUGCCGCCGCCGCCCAUCACCUACUGCACCAGUACCUGCAGCGCUGUAGUGAAGUGUUCGCAGCCAUGGGCGGGUCUGUGGGCGGAGGGGAACUGGUCACUCUCCAGGCUGUGAGGGACGCCAUGGCUCCCUGCAACAACACGCUGCAAGACUUGCUCAAUGAAGCCGUAGAGAGAUUGGCUCUGUCGGCCUGUGAGAGUGUGGAGAGCGCGGACAGCGACCGAGGACCCGCGGUCGACGCCGACAUACCGGAUCUCCUGUCACCCAUAUCACACUCCGGGGCUACACCGCUCGGGUGUCGUCGUCGCGAGCGCGGUCGUCGCGUCCGGCCCAAGUCUGUGGCGGAGCAGCAGCAGUGCAGCAGCAACGAGAUGCUGUCCCUGCCGCCGCUACACGCUGAGGCAGCCGACGGACUGGCAGACCUGCCCGCACACACGCUCAGACAUCUAGUGAAAGGUCGACCGCGGAGGGUGAAGACGAGGGCGCCGACACGACCGGUGACGGAUCAGUCGCAAGACAUAGACGAAGGCCUAGAGGAGUUCUGGCGCACGUGUCGCACGCCGCCCGGCAGCGAGGAGGCGUCGCUGUCGGCUCGCACGCCUCUGACGUCACGCUCGCUGCACUCCCUGUCCUCGCUGGCCUCCGCCUCGCCCGCCUCGCCCGCCUCGCCCUCGCCGCUCCGACACUCGCCCACACUCCGCAGGGACGACACCAUGUACAGUGUGACGUCCGGUGAAAGUACUCCUGUGCUUUUGGAAUGUGAGGUAUCUCGCUGCAAGUCUUCCGACAACGUGGGCAGUAAGUUACCCACCACGCCGCCGCCGUCUCGUUCCUCAGAUAACGUUAACACUAUGGGCGUAGGAUGUACUCGUUCGGGCGGCAAGGCUCGUCCGUGGUCGGUGGCGGGGGUCAACGCGGACAACGCGCUCUGCACCACAGAGGGCGUCGAGGCGUGCGUGGGCGGCAGCAUCGUGGGCAUCACUCCCGGCGCCGCACUAACCAGUAACACACACGCUAUACUAUACUGAGAUGUGCUUAGGUUCAAUGAUGCGGGACCAUCCAUUGACUCCCGAAGACACAGAAGCCUAAAAAUGGCGAUUGUGAUGAAGCUAACGUGAUAAGCUGAGCAGGGUUAACAGAAUCUGACUUUGUCUAUGCUCACUGAUGUGCCAGUUACUCUUAACCAUAGACUAGUUACUCCACAGCCAUGUCAUUCACGUAUAAUUUGUUUUCGCGGUUUACGUUUUAUAAUAUUAGCAUUAAUUUAACUAUCAAUAACUCCACGCUGAUUCCAAGUAACUGGUGUAUAAGUAUAUUGCCAAUAAUCAUUUCGUAUUUACUGUGAUGAGUUUAGUAUUAUUUAGUUCUUGUAUAUUAUAUAGUAAUAUAUUUAAAGGAUCUUAUAUUUUUGCCAAUUAAUUUUUCUAUUUGUUCCAAAUACUUUAAAAAAUUUCGGAAAUAGCGAGCUAAUGAACUAUAUUUCGUUCGUCGAAUUCAAUUAAUAAUUACGAAGGCUUUAUAACUAAGUUACAUAAUUUUAUUUUUAAAUAUUAAUGACAGGAGUAUUACAAAAAUGUUCUUCACAUAAUAAACUGGAAUCUGUCACUGCCUCUCUGUUUGUAAGUCAUAACAUUACUCUAAGUGUAGUGUAAACCAUCGCACGAUUUCCUUUCUGGGAACGUCACGACUAGAGAUAUAUAGACCCUUGCUGUGUCGUCAGAGAAAUGAGGUCGUGCGUCUCUCAUUGACUGUAACGGGUCGGUUAGCUUCGACUCGGUAUAUGCACUCGGCCAUACUCAUUGUUAGACUACACUGAAGUCAUUAGAUUUAGCGUUGCGAAUGUUUCGAACGUAUUAUACGAUACAAUAUGUAUUGAGACGCAGCCGAUGUUUCCUCGAAGCGGGAAUCAGCUGAUACUGGCGUCACAUGCGUGUGCCAUAUGAAAUGGGUUGGUUUUGCUUAGGUAUUAAUUUUAUAAUUGGUCUUUCCUAGUCAUAUAUUAAAAGGCCUAAAAAUAACGCACAAUUUCCUCUCCGAGUUACUUCUUAGAAUAACAAGUUUGUCUCAAUAUCUUCCAGUUUUUAAACAUUCCUUUUUUUAUUCCGAUGUAAAAUUAAAAUAAUGUCAAAGUUCGCGACGAGUUCUCGACUAACGAAAUGCGAGAUGUGAGAUUUGUAACUUCAAUUUAACUCUAACUAAGCGUAGUCGCCCGUAACGUUAAGUGUUCAUUAGAAUAAUUUACGAUUAUGAAAAUCUAUUAACGUUUCAUUUAUCUUUUCAACGUAAGGCUGUAUUUUAUUAUAUUUCAAAGUACGUAAACUACGUUCCCAUGUAGAUGUAUAGACUAUUUCUAAAUUACUUGAUAGUAUUUUUGUAUUCAUUCCAUAAUAAAUUUCGUUUCGUGUAGCUCUUUAUUUAGUACCAGACUGAUUUUAGGUACGUUUAUUUUAUGGUGCAAUUUAUGUCUAGAGCGUUGUGAUAAUCUGUUUUUAAUUACAUUAUAUUAUACAACAUAUUUGUCUGCUUUUA